AUGACAAUGGAAUAUGAAGAUUCGUCAUCGACAUUAGAAAAACUUACUUUAUUAGUAUUUAUUGUUGCUAUUGUGAUUGGCAAUUUGUGCGUAUUUAUCACAUAUCUCGUACGUGCUGAUGGAAAACAUUGGUCAAAUGUUUUUGUAUUAUGUAUGGCAUUUAUUGAUUUAUUUAUUGGUGGUUUUGUUCUUCCUAUGCGCUUUAUGAGCGCUUAUGGAAGUCCAUUAACAUCUAAAUUAUGUACUGCAUUAGCAAUUGGUGAAUCUUGUGCAUUAGCAGCUAUUAUAUAUGCUAUUGCUUUUAUGAUCUAUACUCGUUUAUAUAGUUUAAAACAACCAACACCAGUUAUUGAUCGCCGUUUUCUUCUAAUAUUAAUUUUAUUAUCAUGGGUUAUUCUUUUUCUUUUUUAUGGAAUACCAUUUAUGACAAAUUAUUCAAAUUAUCUUUUAACAGAAACAUCAACAACAUCAAAUCAAACAUCCUAUUGUACAACUUAUACAACAUCAAUUUAUCAUCCAUUAUGGAUGGCUUAUACAGAAAUUGGUAUAAUUUAUACUUUACCAUUAUUAACAAUUUUCAUAGGUUUAAUUUUUCUUAUGAAACAUUUAUGUAAACGUCGACCACGAAGAUUAGAAGCAUCUGAACGAAAAUUAUAUAUUGAACAACAACAAAUGACAUGGCAUGUUUAUUUAUUAGGUAUAACAUUUUGUUUAUUUUGGUUUCCUUGGAUAAUAAUUCGUAUUAUUAUUAUUUUUAAUCAUACACAUCAAAUUCAACAUGCAUUACAAAUAACUUAUUAUAUACUUAUGAUUAAAUCAUUGAUUUUCCCGAUAUUAUAUGCUGCAACAAAUGCAUCAUUUCGUGGAAAUUUUGCCAUAUAUAGACAUCAAAGAAUAGUUAUUAAUAAACAUAUAUGGUCAGUGAAUGAUAGUAAUCAACAAUCAUUACAACAACGUCGUGGAUAUUAA